GAUUUCGAACGCUUUACUCCGUACGUGAGGGAGUUAUCCAAGAAACAGGCUGUAACCUCACAAUCUCUGGAAAAGAUUGAGGACGCGGUGUAUGCCAUCGUGGUCCGAGGAUCUGAAUACGACAUCCCCCCUGAUAUGCUGGAUGACCUCAUUGCACAGUCGAUCUCGACUUUCAGUUCUACUACCAAUGCGAAAUCCAGACCUGGUCAAAGAGACGUUCGGAGCGGAGAUGAUUAUGAGGAUGAGAUUUAA